CUAGAAGUCGCGAAAUAGCUUAGCUCCACUAGCUGAGCGUAGAAAACGCGUCGUAUUUUUCAAACAGGCCAAACCGCCAAAGGACACACACCACCCACCUCUAGGCUCUAAGCCUCUAACCCACUCUUUCUUCCCCUUUUUAAUUAAUCAUCCAUCACUGUAUAUUCCUUCUUGUCCACGGAGCCACGAAGCCAUGGCAAUGACUUCCAUUGACUUAUCGCAACCAUUCCUCCUUAUAAAAACCAGCACACCAAAAGCUUCACCCACCAAACCUGUCAUUCAAGCUCUUAACAGUUGACACCAAUCUCUCAAACUUCUCCACAUCUCGCCUAGCUCGAUUCCAUCUCCUCCUCUGAAGCUCAAUCCUCUGUUUUCCGGCAAACGGAAAAAAAAUGAAGCAGGUUGUGGUUCUGAAGCUGGAUCUGCACGACGACAGAGACAAGCAGAGAGCGAUGAAGAGAGUCACCGGGAUUUCCGGGGUCGACUCGGUGUCGAUGGACAUGAAAGACAUGAAGAUGACGGUGGUGGGAAACGUGGAUCCGGUGGAAAUCGUGAGCAAGCUGAGGAAGCUGUUCCCGACGGAGGUGGUGUCGGUGGGACCGCCGAAGCAGCCGGAGAAGAAGAAGGAAGAAGCGCCGGCGGCGGCGAAGAUAGUAGAGGAAGGAAAAGACAAGAAGAACCCUCAGGGGCCUCCUCCUCCCGUUAUCUCUUACUACCCUCCUCAGGUCAACGGCGGUUACUAUUACAAUAAUUACCCUUAUCAACAGCAGAAGGGGUACGGCAAUUACCCUUACCACCAGUACGGCGGCGCCGCGCAAGUCGUCGGCGACGAUCCAAAUUCUUGUGUCAUUUGUUAACUAAACUAAUAGUUACCGGAAUUACAGUAUUUUAUUUCCUUUUUUUAGUCUCUCCGUUAGCGACGAUGACCUCAGAUUUAAUUUCUUUUAUUAAAAAAAAAAAUUGGUGCAUUUUGUGGGUUAUUUGUCAUUUCCGUAACACUGAAAAUAUGACGGCAAUAUCGCAAAAUACCACCUUAAUUUUACACUAGCUUAUAACUCGUCCCAUUGACCGAAAUGUUCAUAUUUGAUUACCUAUAUU